AUGUCGGACAAGGCUGAAGAGGCCAACGAGGGCAAGGGCGUUGCCGUUGCCAACCUCGUUGCAGCCGAAAAUGUUGAAGCCAUCGAGGCCCCAGUGACCUGGAAGGCCUACGCCAUGUGCGCUUUUGCGUCGUUCGGCGGUAUCUUCUUCGGUUAUGAUUCCGGUUACAUCAACGGUGUCAACGGUUCGCUCUUCUUCAUCCGCCAGGUUGAGGGAGCGGGUGCCACCGCCCUCUCAGACCCUCACACCUCUCUUAUCACAUCCAUUCUAUCCUGCGGUACAUUCUUCGGUGCGUUGAUUGCCGGUGACCUGGCUGAUCGCAUUGGGCGAAAAUGGACUGUCAUCAUGGGCUGCGUCAUCUACUGCAUCGGUGUGGUUAUUCAGAUGAUCACUGGUGCUGGUAAUGCUCUCGCUGCUAUCGUCGCCGGCCGUCUCAUUGCUGGUUUCGGUGUUGGCUUCGAGUCGGCUAUCGUCAUUCUUUACAUGUCGGAAAUUUGCCCUCGCAAGGUCCGCGGUUCUCUCGUCGCUGGUUACCAAUUCUGUGUUACCAUUGGUCUUCUGCUCGCCGCCUGCAUUGUCUACGGAACUCAAGACCUCAACUCUACCGCUUCUUAUCGUAUUCCGAUUGCUCUGCAAUUCCCCUGGGCUCUCAUCCUUGGCGGUGGCCUGCUCUUCCUUCCUGACUCCCCCCGUUACUACGUCAAGAAGGGACGCAUUGAAGAUGCUAUUGAUGCUCUUUCCCGCGUUCGUGGACAACCCAAGGAUUCCUCCUACGUUCAAGCCGAGAUUUCUGAGAUUGUCGCCAAUGAAGAGUACGAGCGUGCCUUGAUCCCUGACACCACUUUCUGGGGCAGUUGGUUUGCCUGCUUCCGCGGCAGCCUCUGGGAUGCCAAAUCUAACCUUCGACGAACCAUUCUGGGUACUUCUCUUCAGAUGAUGCAACAAUGGACUGGUAUCAACUUCAUCUUCUACUACUCCACUCCUUUCCUCAAGUCAACUGGCGCGAUUGAGAACUCCUUCCUCAUGUCGCUGAUCUUCACUCUCGUCAAUGUGUUCUCCACCCCCAUCUCUUUCUGGACUGUUGAGCGCUUUGGUCGUCGAACUAUCCUCAUUCUCGGCGCCGUCGGCAUGGUCAUCUGCCAGUUCAUCGUUGCCAUCGUCGGUAUCACCGUCGGCUUCAACAAAACCCACCCCGAUCCCCUCGAUUCCACCAAGAGCAUCGCCGACAACAUCGGUGCCGUCAACGCCCAGGUAGCCUUCAUUGCCAUCUUCAUCUUCUUCUUCGCUUCCACAUGGGGCCCUGGAGCCUGGAUCGUCAUCGGAGAGAUCUUCCCUAUCCCCAUCCGCUCCCGUGGUGUUGGUCUGUCCACUGCUUCCAACUGGCUGUGGAAUACCAUCAUCUCCGUCAUCACCCCUUACAUGGUCGGUGAGACCAAGGGUAACAUGAAGUCGUCCGUCUUCUUCGUCUGGGGCGGUCUGUGUCUCUGCGCUCUCGUCUACUCCUACUUCCUCAUCCCCGAGACCAAGGGUCUCACUCUGGAGCAGGUUGAUAAGAUGAUGGAGGAGACAAACCCCCGAAACUCCGCCAAGUGGAAGCCCAAUGCCACUUUUGCUGGCACCGCCGUCCACAAGGAGAUCGCAUAG